AUGUAACUAAAGAAGAAGAGUUCUUUUUUGGACUCUAUCAAAUAAUUUUUUAACGAUGCUCCCUCUGACGAAAUUAUCUAUAAUGAAGCAACUUCCUCAUUACCCACAGAAUCUAAAUAAUCUAAGUAAAGUUCAUAGCAAAGUACUAAAGGAAGAUCUAGUGAUCCUAAUGUAUUCAAGAUUGAUAAUGAGGAUGAAGCCAACCAAAUUUACAAUGAUGAAGACGAGGAUUCGGAAUCAUAAACUAUGAGUGAAAUGCAAAAGGAGUACAGAAUAUUAAUACUUUAUAAUUUUAAAUAAGUUGGUAAGCCAUUAGAUUCGGGGUAUUAGAAAAAAUAAAUUAUCAAUUUUCCUCCUGGCUCUACCUUUAGAGUUAUCAAACCAAUUAAAACUCACAAAUCUUUGAUGGAUUAUUUGUCUUCAGAAACUGAAAGGUAUUUAGCUUUAGAUGGAGGCUGGAUUUACCUUUUUUAAUUAAUCAGUAAAGAUAAAUAUUUGGUCAGCUCUGCAAAUUCUUUAAAUAAUUUAAGCUAAAUAUUAAUUAAGAAAAAUGAAGCCAAGCCUACAUUUAGAUUUAUUUUUACUACCAAACAAAUCAAAAGAUUCUAUUUAGUUAAUAUCGAAUAAUAAGAUUUGUUAUUUCUAAAACUAAAAACUGAAUGCUAAAAACACGGAAGAUCAUUUAAUUAUUGA